AUGGUCUCCCUCUUCGCUUUGCUGCUGCUGACGACUGUUUCUGCCCAGGACCCCAAACCCUGCUAUUCUCCACCACUGAUGAGUGGAGGCAUGACUGUGAUGGCUGACAAUGGAAAAAUGAUGAGCACAGGAACUAUUUCCUUUGAUAACUUCGGCCAGAGGGUGCGUGCCACAAACUAUGGAAUCUCUGCCAACGGGUCUGUUGCUAUCGACCUCCUGAUGCUUUUCAAAGAGAAAGUCUACUAUGAGAUCGACUGGACCAAGGUGACCUGCAAGAAGAAGCGCCUGAACGCCGACUUCAUCCCCAUGCACGUCCCCGCUGACGCCAAGCUGAUGGGUCAGGUGGUCAUGGGCUCCUCCUCCAGCUGGGGAAUGGGUGUCCUCAUCAACAACUGGGUCGGAACUCUGCCACAAAACGGUUACUACAACGCUGUGUUCACGGAGGUCGGAUGCAUCCCUAUGACGUACAUGGGCUACGGCCCAUCAGGGUUCAACUUCAUCAGCACCUUCAACUGGGUUCUUGGAACCACCGACCCCAUGAGCUUCAUCCCUCCGUUCAUAUGCGCCAGGUCUGCACUGGACCAGUCUGAAGAACCAGCCAACUUCUUCACCGCUUUGUCGUCUUUGGCCAAAAUGACCGAGACAGAAGAGUAA